GGGGCCUGCCAGACUCCAUAGCCUCCUAACUCAAAGUGUGCCCUGGGUGUUUGAGAAGGAGAGAGCUGUGGGGUUCCAGAGGGACUGCCUUCAAUUCUUGGUGUGUCUCCCUCCCUGCCCCCUGCAAAGCCCAGGAGGCGUAACUGGCUCCCUUUUACCCCCCCCCAGACACGGGGAGGACCACGCGUCUAUCCUGUGACUCUCCCAUCCCCAGUGCCCUCUGAACCGCUGGUCACCAUGGCUACUUCGAAGUUGACGGGGGAGGAGGAGACCACCAUCCUCAUGGCCAAAGAGGAGCUGGAGGCCCUGCGCACCGCAUUUGAGUCAGGGGACAUCCCCCAGGCUGCCUCUCGCCUCCGGGAGCUGCUGGCAUCCUCAGAGAGCACCCACCUGGAGGUGGGUGUCACAGGCGAGUCGGGCGCUGGCAAGUCGUCCCUCAUCAACGCCCUUCGUGGCCUGGGGGCCGAGGACCCCGGCGCGGCUCUCACUGGAGUCAUCGAGACCACUAUGCACCCCGCAUCCUACCCUCACCCGCAGUUUCCUGAUGUGACCCUGUGGGACCUGCCCGGAGCUGGGUGUCUGGGCUGCCCUGCUGACAAGUACUUGAAGGAAGUGGACUUCAGCCGGUAUGACUUCUUCCUGCUGGUGUCCCCCCGCCGCUGCGGGGCCGUGGAGACCCGCCUGGCCUCUGAGAUCCUGCGCCAGGGCAAAAAGUUCUACUUUGUGCGCACCAAGGUGGAUGAGGACCUGGCGGCCACGCGUACCCAGCGGCCCUCGGGCUUCACUGAAGCCACCGUCCUGCAGGAGAUCCGUGACCACUGUGCCGAGAGGCUACGGGCGGUCGGGGUGACAGACCCCCGCGUCUUCCUCGUGUCCAACCUCUCACCGACCCGCUAUGACUUCCCGCUGCUCAUGUCCACCUGGGAGCAUGACCUGCCUGCCCACCAGCGCCAUGCCGGCCUGCUGUCGCUGCCCGAUAUCUCGCUGGAAGCCCUGCAGAAGAAGAAAGACAUGCUCCAGGAGCAAGUGCUCAAGACGGCCCUGGUGUCGGGCGUCAUCCAGGCCCUGCCUGUGCCAGGGCUGGCGGCCGCCUAUGACGAUGCUCUGCUCCUUCGCUCGCUGCGUGGCUACCACCGCAGCUUUGGCCUGGAUGACGACUCGCUGGCCAAGCUGGCCGAGCAGGUGGGCAAACAGGCAGGUGACCUGCGCUCGGUCAUCCGCUCCCCGCUGGCCAACGAGUUCUCACCUGAGACUGUCCUGAGGCUCUACUCACAGUCAUCCGAUGGCGCCAUGCGGGUGGCCCGGGCUUUUGAGAGGGGCAUCCCUGUGUUUGGUACACUGGUAGCUGGUGGCAUCAGCUUCGGCACCGUCUACACCAUGCUCCAGGGCUGCCUCAAUGAGUUGGCCGAAGACGCCCAGCGGGUCCGCAUCAAGGCCCUGGAGGAUGAGCCUCAGACUGAGGCCAGCUUGGAGGCAGCUGGUGACAAUGGCGUGGAAACGUGGGGGUCCGGGGAGGGAGGUGGCGAGAAAGCCCCACUCACGACCCGCCAAAAGGUUGGCCUCCUACUCAAGUACAUUCUCGACAGCUGGAAGAAGCGUGACUUGGAAGAGAAAUAAAAGUACAACCUUCACCCCGCUGCCUCACCCACAAACCAAGCU